AUGCGGCUGCGGGUGGCGGCAGGCAGUCCCGCGGCGCUGAAGGUGGUGGCGGCCGCACACUGCGCCGGCGCUCCGGUGCAGCUCUGCUGGGCCGAGCCCGGAGAGCCGCCGCCGUCCCCGCUGUGUCCCCCAUGGGCCCCCGCCCUGCAGCUGGAGAGCGGCGCGGUGCUCUUCUCCCCCAAUGCCAUCUGCCAGUACUUCUUCCUGCGGCGCGGCGAGCAGCCCACCGACCUGACCACCCAAUGGCUGGAGUGGGAGGCCACCGAGCUGCAGCCUGCCGCGCUGGCGGCCCUGUAUGCCCACCUGGUGCACGGCCGAACGGGCGUGGAGGCGCUGGGGGAACCGCUGGGCCACAUCGAGCGGAGCUUGGUGGGGAGAGGCACGGCGUACCUGGCCGGGGACACUGAGUCGGUAGCGGAUGUGGUGGUGUGGAGCACGCUGUUCCCUGUGCUCCGAGACGAAGCCAUCCCUGCAGCUGAGCCGCUGCAGAGCUGGUUCCGGAGCAUGACGUUCUCAGAGGCGUGCAGGAAUGCUGCUGACACUGUGCUGCUGCCACGGCACCUGCAGGAAUUCACAGCCUGCCUACAGAAGCUGCCCCUGCCACGCCCACCACCAGACACGGCCCCAGGCUGUGAGGAGGAUGACGUAUCGGAGCGGGCGCUGACGGAGGAGGAUAUGGCAGCGGCUGUGGAUGCCUGGACUCGUGGUGCUGCCGCGCUGCCCAAACCCUGGCGGCCUCCAAAACCUGUGUUGCCAGUGGAGGGCAUGAGGAACGUGCUGAUCACCAGCGCCUUGCCCUACGUCAACAACGUGCCCCACCUGGGCAACAUCAUUGGCUGUGUCCUCAGCGCUGACGCCUUCGCCAGGUACUGCCGCCUGCGGAACUGGAACACGCUGUACGUGUGCGGCACCGACGAGUACGGCACAGCCACCGAGACCAAAGCAGUGGAGGAGGGGCUGACGCCACGGGAGAUCUGUGAUAAAUACCACGCUGUGCACGCCGACAUCUACCGCUGGUUCGACAUCUCCUUUGAUUACUUUGGCCGCACCACCACACCGCAGCAGACCCGGGUGCAGUGGGGCAC